AUGGAGACAUCUGGUGACUGUAGCAGUCCAUAUGUCAGGGUGACUCCUGGGUUCCUGACACAUCUGCAAGAUUUAGAGCCCCAAGUGGCAAGAAGACGCUUAUCUCAGGCACGACACCGGGCUACGCUGGCAGGACUCUUCAACAACCUGCGGGAAACUGUGUUUUCACAGUCAGACAAUUCAGCAUCAAAGUGUCAGGUUUUGCGAAAAGCUAAGAAUUAUAUCCAGGAGCUGGAGCAAACCUUGGGUAUCUUGCUGAAGAUGAAAGAGUCCUUCAAUCUGGAGGAUGGGAACCCAUCCAGCUUGGAGGAAGUCAAGGAGGAAUAUGUCAAGAUGUACUUCAGUGAUCUCGGUACUGCGUCCCCUUCAGAUGCCAUGAGUGAGAGUGGCUCUACGGUCUGGUAUUUGAUUCAAGAAUAUGAAAAAAAUUCAGUGGAAGAGGAUGGGAAGCCAAGACUUAUCCAGUCUCCAGCCACUUCAUCUCCUGAUCUCUUGGAGUUUGAACGGUACCUAUAUUUUUAUAAACAGACCGUGGACCUGCUGGUUGAGAAUGGGAUUGUGUGCACCGAAGAGGUCACGCUUCCUGUCGUCUCCACAACUGUUUCCCACCUGUGGCAGAAUCUGCCAGAGGAAAGGAGAGACAGCAUCUUGCAGUACUGUAGUCAGAGACAAAGUAUACUCCCAGACCCUAAGGCAGCCUGCACUGAAGGCAGUAUGAGGAACAGCAGAGCUAAUAGUCAGGAAGCCAGUGGUUCAUUGGUAUCCACACCCGAGGAGAUACUAUUUGAAGAUGCUUUUGAUGUUGCUGCUGGUUUCCUUGACAGAAAUGAGACUCAACAAGCAAUGUCCAGUCCAGGCUCAAUGUUCACAGGCUGCACCUCAGAAAAUCCAGAGGAUAACCACCGGCUCUACUUGCAGAUCACUGGUUUCUUAAAGGGUCUUUUCUUUGCUGACACACAGUUUCCCCAGGAAGAGGCUGUUCAGUUUGACUAUGAGACUGUGAUGCUGCAGUGCACAGAGACCUUUGAUGAUGAAGAUUUGUAA